AAGGAAAAAACUUCCUGCGUGAGGAGAAGCGUGCCAACCUCCAGUUUAAAACCAGUCUCUUCUAAAGCAAGAGGCGCAGAGAGCGACGCGUCCUGAAAUUAUUCCCCUCAUCUUUACGGAUAUCUACACAUUUUUGUAACCACGGCUUCAAAGGUGGACAGCGUUUUUUCCGCUCUAUCCCUGCAUUUCUUCAAGAAAGAAAUGGAAGAGGGCUCCAGUUCUCCGGUCUCCCCUGUGGAUAGUCUGGUGACCAGCGAGGAGGAGCUGGACAGACAGCAGAAACGCUUCGCGAGGAAGAGGAGACACAGCAAAAAGUCCAGCGAGGACAGCAGCGGCAGCAGCCCGGGGCCGGUGAAACGGGGGAAAAAGCCGAGUCCGAGCAGCAACCAGUCGUACGAGGAGCUGCAGAACCAGCGGGUCCUCGCCAACGUGCGGGAGAGGCAACGGACUCAGUCUCUGAACGAGGCCUUUGCGUCUUUGCGCAAAAUCAUCCCCACGCUGCCGUCGGACAAACUCAGCAAGAUACAGACGCUGAAGCUCGCCUCCAGAUACAUUGAUUUUCUGUGUCAGGUGCUGCAGAGCGACGAGAUGGACAACAAGAUGUCCAGCUGCAGCUACGUUGCGCACGAAAGACUCAGUUACGCGUUCUCCGUGUGGAGGAUGGAGGGCGCUUGGUCUAUGUCAGCAUCUCACUAGCAGCCGGAGACCUUCACUUACAAUGCCAAAGCGACUGUUUACUUCUACAAAGUAUGAAGACCAAAGGGAUUAUUGAAGAACCCAUCGACCUCAAAGGCAUGGCGGAGAGACGUAAUGUGACCCACAACUACAAACUCUUGGGGAGCGUGUGUGUGUGUGUGUGUGUGUGUGUGUGUGUGUGUGUGGAUGCAGAUUCAUCACACUGCUUCUGACUGUCUGGAGCUGUUUGUGGCAGAGAGGGGAGAGACAGACCUGCAAUGUGUAUAGGCCAGACAUGUUAUAGCGAGUAGCUCGGCCUGUGCUUCCACAAAGCCAUCCUUUAACCGUGUUUUUUUAAAGAAGGAUAUAUAUUUUGUUUUUCAAAGACUUUAAACCAAAGUAUAAAUAUAUAUAAAUGAAUGCAUAUUGUACAUACCUGUGUAAGUGCGCCUAUAGCCUGUAAAAAGGGACCAAUGCAAUUUAGAGUCAUUCGCUGCAUGGAUUUAUUUCACCGACUUUCUUUAUCAAGUCUCCAAACUCCGUCCAAUGUACAUUUUUUGUUUUUUUGCUUAUUUAUUAAAACACAUAUUUUUGAACGAAA